AUGGCCGCGCCUUCAGCUCCGGGUCCCGGCUCCGGUCCGUUCGCGCCCGCCGUUGCGCAGUAUCACCGGGUCGCCCUCGGUAUCGGGCUCGACGGGUAUGUUGCGCCGGAUCUUGACGAGGCGUACCGACUGCAUGCUGCUCAGAGCGGUGCUGCAGUCACGGCAUCGGCUCCUCAUCAUGCGCCGGGUCAGUUUGGUAUACUCGCGCCGACGGCGAUGCCUGUGCCUGUGCCUGUGCCUGUUGUCGAGACGCAGCAGAUACAGGGUGCAUUCGGUGCUCAACCGCCGCCUCCGCCACAGCCGGUUGAGAGGUCAAAUGGGCAGUUAAGCAGCAAGAUUGUGGUUGAUCCUCCGGACCUGGAGGCUUGGCGGGACAAGCUGUUUAACGUUGACGAAAUGAUUGUCCUCACUCAUGAACAGUUUGAGACGUAUUUCCCCCAUGUGGACAAUGUCUACUCGCACCGCUCGACGCAGCGUUAUAAGCGGAAACCCUUUGUAUCGCACUAUUGGGACUGUCGCAUGAAGGGCCGGCCUCCAGGCACGCCCAAGUCGGAUGACCCAAACAAGAAGAAGCGCAAACGCAACACCCGUGAGCGCGAUCUAUGUGAUGUGAAGAUAAAAAUCACCGAGUAUUUACCCGGCGCGCAGCUGCAGCUUGAACCUUCGGACCAGGGGCAGCCUGGGCCGCCAAUACUCGGCGGGUUUGCAGGUGUUGCUGGUCAACAACGUUUCUGGACGGUUCAAAGGGUCAAUGGUAAUGGCGGUAAUGGCAAGGGGGAUGGUGUUGCUGGUCCUCAUAAGCACACGUUGGAGAAGAGUGAUGAGAUUAAGAAGAAUAGCGUGCAGCGGUACUUGGCUAAGCAAGAGAGGGAGACGAAAAAAGCCCAGAAGCCCCCGAGUCGAAAAACUACGGGUGCCGCACUGCUAACAGCCAGGAAACACGCCAAGGAGAACACUCUGAAGUUGUACGGGGCAUGCUUCUGCCCCUUUUCCCAACGCGUCUGGAUAGCCCUCGAGGCAAAGGGCAUGUCCUACCAGUACUGUGAGACUGACCCCUUUCGACGUCCGGCUCCGGCACACCUCCUCGAGGCGAACCCGCAUGGUUGUGUUCCUGCAAUAAGAAAGGGUGAAUGGACUUGCGCAGAGAGCGGUCUCGAGGAUCUAGGCCAGGGCAUGCCUCUGCUUCCCACCGACCCGCAGUCCAAGGCGACUUGCCGAUUAUGGAUAGACCAUAUCAAUAACCGCAUAAUACCGCCCUUGUUCACUCUCCUUCAAACACAGGAAAUAGCCCUCCAACACGACGCCUCUGCACGACUCCAGACCAGCAUCGAUAGCCUCGUCCAGGCUGCCGACGAGCAGGGCCCCUUCUUCCUCGGCCCGAACCUCAGUCUCGUCGAUAUCCAUCUUGCCCCCUUUGCUCUCCGCCUCCCCCGUAUUCUCACUUCCCUACGCGGCUGGUCGCCUCCUCCGCCUGGGUCACGCUGGGCAAGGUGGUUGGACGCCAUCGAGGCCGACGAGAGUAUAAGGGCAACGACGAGUGAUCAUGAGUUAUAUGCCGACACUGUUGAUUUACUGGUCCGGCGGAAUGGACUUGGCGGGUAA